AUGGCGGACAAAGAAGCGGGGAAAAUGCUGUCAUCAGAUGAUUUUGUCGAUCUUUUUUCACCUGAAUAUCAGGAAAAUACAGAAUGCAUCAAAGGAAUCGGGAGGGGAAAGCUUAAGACAAAUAUUGCAGGCCUGAAGUUACCAAAAGCUGCCACGAAAAAAAAGAACGAUWGUCAAAAUACAGCACAAUUUGUCUUCGGACGGGGUCGAGGAAGUGCGAGAAUGAAUGCAGCUUUGUCGAACCAGCCUGCAAGACUUCCAAGACAAAAACAAUCUCAGCAGGGUUAUUUAGGCAUACAUAAUACAUCUUCUUUCCCAUCAUUACAAGCAUCGAAUGUUGGAGUUUCAAGAGUGUCAAAUUCUCCGAAGACAUCUCACAAAAAAGACACCAAACAGACCAUAACAAAGUCAGACUCACCGUGGCCGUCAUUAUUAGACUCAUACACAACAAGACGUUUUGAUGGUUCACCAAUAAGUCAACCAUCUUAUUCAAAUUCCGUCUCAAGUAAUGUUAUGCAAACUCCUAACAUUGAUGGGGAUGACAUAGUCGUGAUAAGAAACUUACCAGAAGCAAUUAUAGAAGAGGAUCUUCGUGAACUCCUAUCUCUGUAUGGCGGUGUCUCAAUCUGUAACCUUGAGAGGGACACACAAGGAAAUAGCUUAGGAUCAGCACUUGUAAGAAUGGAAACAASCACUGAGUCUGAAUGGAUCAUAAGCUGUUUUAAUGAUCAAGAAUAC